AGUGAAGAUACGUGCGGCCUGGUUACGACUUGACGCCAUCAAAUGGCAAUUUCUGGAACUACUACGAGAUUAGGACGAAUCUGCGGGCGAUUGAACACGGUGAAAAAGGACAGACAAACUGACAGACAGAUAGACAGCACGGCCAUUUUUAUAGAUAUUUCUGCCGGACUUGAAAGUCGACGGAGGAGGUCUUUUCGAGCUCUCUCAUGGAUAAAAAAUAAAUUAAAAAAUAAACGAAGCACCCAAUCUAAUUGCACUCGGUGUCACCAUCAGGCUUUAAAUAAACAUACAAAGGAAUCUAAUGAAAAUAGUAGUACGUGAUAAUAGUGCGUGUUCGUAUGGGGAUCCCUUUAAUCGCGGUUUAAUCGAGAUGCACCUGCCGAUGUUGGGAUAAUAUAAUGCCAGACGCCAACGAAGUGUGGAAUCAGUAUAUUCGGUCAAUAAUAUAUUGCAAAGAAAAAAGUACAAAUAUGUUCGUCGGCAAAGUUAGGGAAUAGGUAGAUUAGUUGACGCGUCCAGUACUAUAAAUAAUUGAAAGAUGAAUUUAUUUACGACGGAUCCGGCUGCCUCAGCGUUAACUUGUGAUAAUAAUUAAAACAAACAACAAUUAUUGUCAUGUCAAACUACCGCACCCGUCACCCGUCGCCUUUUACAUUUCUGCAUUGCGUUAACACCGCGUUGAACAGCUUUGAUCGCAUGUAGAACGAAGUGGGGCAGCUGACAGCUAAGGAGAUCGGCGAAAAAAGGUGGGAAUACAUGAUACAAUAGAGAUGCCUCAUGGCUGGAGGCAGCGGCAGGUACAGACAAGGCGGACGUUUAGAGAAAGUAAAUCCACAGCUUUACAAUUCCCAUUUAUAUCCUCGCCACACGUCUGAGCCACCCGUCGUCACAGAAACAUUCAAGCAACGCCAAAGAAUAGAAACUGUAAGAACACGAUUGAAAAACAUAAACAUUCUCCACGAGCACAUUCAAAGAAUAUUCACAGACUCUCUUCAUUCAGAUCUUGAAAUAUUGAUCGACUGUAAGGUAAUACGAACCAACCAGUGCAUUGUCAGGACAAGAUCGCCACAUUUUUAUCACCUUCUAGAGCCGUACUUUGUAUACGAUAGUAGUUUGGUGAAAUGUGCGCUUGAUGUUCCUGGAAAAUUUCGCCACAUUGAGAAUUUUUUGAGACUUCUCUAUACUAAUUCUGAUCCGUCACAAGAAGAGCUAACACUGGUUCAGCUAAUAUCGGAUACAUUGCAGUCUGAAGAAUGUGCAGAGCGAGAUAGCUUCAGCAGGAAAUUGAGCUACGAUAAUUGUCUGUGGAAUACGAGUGAUAUAAAAACGAAUUUUGGGCGUUGCUAUAGAAAUGCAACAGUAGAUGUGAGUCCCACAUCUUCGGACAUGGCUGACUCUGGACUGGAGACGGGGUCUGUUAGCCCACGUGACAAUAGCGUUUCAGAAACAUCAGGUCCAGAUUUGGACGAAUCUCAUGCUACAGGUGACUUUUCAACGGAUGAAGAUUCUAACAAAGUCACACUCAGAGGCUCUGGUGCCGAGGAAUGUAACAAGAUAUCGUUGAACGAACAGCAUACAAAUGCUUUAAAUAUCGACAACACAACUAGUUAUACAGAUAAGUCUGCGAGAUUGUUGGAAAAAAAGCAUGGUGCUGAUAUCAUCGGCUCUGACGCAACCUGUUCAUUUGUAAGAAUUGAACCGCAGUGCGGGGGUAACUUGAGGGAGCUUGAUUCUUCUGGGUCAUCGGAUGAAAAUGCUCAAAAACUUCAAGAGCGGGCAGAACUAGAGAUAUCCAGUUAUGAAAAUCACGUGCUUGAUGAUCCUUUCUACGAAUCCGAAUCUGAAACUGACGAAAAUGAGAAAACAAAUUCAUUUGUUCCAACGGAAUCGUUCGAGUUUAUUGAUCCUGUUAACAUGUCACCGCUUAAUUCUGAUCCUGAAAAGGCAUUGCAGAAAUACGAGAGUUUCAACAAACAAGAUGAUGAGAAACUUAAUCCUAAUCCUGAGGCCAGGAGCAUGACAAUGGAAGAGUUGCGACAUGAACUGUCCCACUCAAAUGAUCUACCGAUUAAAAAGAGCUCCUCCAGUACAAGUAGUUAUUAUUUUAUCGAUGCUUCGAGCUUAAAUGAUGAAGAGGAAGUUGCCAUAGUCGAUAAUUUGCAUGAACGUGAUUUGGGUAGUAGAAUUCCUUCGUACAUUCCCAGCUGCGUGAAUCGUAAUUCGAAUGAUGAUGAGAAUCAGAGAUUCCAACCUGAAGAGCAGCAUCAUCGAUUGACUGGAACAAGACGAUUGUCGAGUUUUCAAAGCGGCCAUGAGAAAGUUGCCGAGUUUGAAAAGGAACUGAAGUUAACAGAGCGACUGGAGCCACUGAUCGAAUUGCGUAAAGUGAAACGGUUGGAUUCGACUUCCGACGAUAAAGCGGAUAGCGAGAAGGAGAAAAGUACUGAAAAAGAAACUCUAGUAGUAGAAAUUAAAGAAGCAGACAGUGGGGAAAGCGCAAGAGCAUCUCCCUGCCCAGACAACAGCAGAGGGAUCAGUAAUAACAAACCAAAUCGGUGCGAGGAAUCUGGAGUCCUUUUGGAAGCUGUUUCGAAAGAUCCAGUUGAGCAAGAGAAGAACGUUGUUACAGAAGAGACUGAGGCAAUAGAACCGAGACGACCUUCUCUCAUCAGGAGAAACACAUUUGAAUUAGAUCCGAACGAUGAAAAACUUUCUAUCCUCAGGCAAGAAUAUGAAAGACGUCAGGGUAGUCUUGUUUUUCAGAAUUCGAUCCCUCAAUACUCGGGACAUCGUGUAGAUGGUGAUUCCUGCUCUGAUGUACCAGUAAUGGACGAUACUUGGAUAAAACCAGUUGAUGUGUGUCUAGACAUGAGACAGCCAACUAUUGUGACAUGUGCAGUGGUUUCCAUUGCCUCACUCGAUAGUCAAGACUGCAGAAAUAUGCAGGAGUUAUCAAGUAGUUUCUGUGCUGAAAAAAGCAUAUCUCUGAACAGCGAAGAAAGUAUUAGUAACCAGCCUCUUGUACCUGAGACAAGGGAGAGUACAAAGGCUAUAGAAGUACCAAAGCGGUCUAAAUGUGACGAAACAACGCCAAUUGUUUCAGGGGGUGCAGCUGCCACUGACUACUCGAAGGUAACAGACAGUCCGAUUGUAAGACGAAAGACCGAAUCAACGCCAAUAGUUUCUGGUGGUUCGGUUCUCAUGGACGAACCUGAGGUGAAAGUAAAACCAGUAAGGAUGUGCAGUUCAAUGACAUCAUGGGUUGUCGACAUGCGUAAUCCAGUAAAAGAGGAUGUUGAGUUAGUGGGAAGUGAUAAGAUGCAGGAAACAAUGUCACAGAGUUUGUCAAAUGUUGAGAGUAUGCAGAAGAAUGAAAAGAAAUUUAAAUCUCCUGAGAGAUUGGGGAGCUUAGGUUUUUUCAUUGACUUGAAUGAAGCAGAAAGUUGUGGGGAAUCUCUUACAACUUCUGAGAAAGCUGAAUCUCAACCAAAAUCGAAACUGAGAGACCAAUGUGGAGAGCAAAAUGGAAAUGGAAAAAGCUACUGCGAGUUUUUCAUUGAUAUAUCUGAGAAAAGUAAGGUUUCACCGACAGAAAAGAAAGAUGUUCAUGUAACAGCACGCAAUGCAGGGCAAAAUGUGAGCCGAGGAUGUGAUAAAAGAAAUAUUUUUUCUAUGUUCAUAGAUCUGAAUGAUUCUAAAACUUCUAAUGGUAAGUGCAUUACACAUAACACUAAAACGGAACUGAGGGAGAAAACUAUCGAUGAAGAAAGUACCUCGGCUGCUAGUAAGUCUUUCAAUUCGGAAAACGCGGCUAUAAUUGAAAAGGCAAAACCAAACAAUGGUAAUUCUGAUGAGAAUGGCAGUAGCAGUGAAAAAGAUCAGUCUUCUACUGACCAAAAAGGUUCAAGAGAGCAAAAUAAACAGAGCAUUUUCAUGUUCAUUGAAUCUGAUUCUCCGGUGGUUAGACGACGAACCUUGUCAUCUUCAAGACCUGCUUUCAAGCGACAUUCUUGGAACGUAGACAAAGGUGGCACGGCAAAUGGUAAUGGACAUAUCGGCAAAGAAGCUGUUUAUCGCAAGGAACACAAGCGGGCUCACAGCCUGUCCGUGGAUCGCGGGGACUUGAGAAAGAAUCAGACAAAAACGAGUAACUCUAGCCACUCGCUGAGCGAGGCUGCUCGGGCCGAUACCUUGAACGGAUUGAAUUCCACCAAGCGACUGCAAGAGCAGGAUAACAACAGUCGUAACAUGGACACAUCGACAGAGGAUGUAUUCGAGUACGACAAUCGUGAUACUCCGCCUAAUUCGCAUAUUGAAAUAUUUAACGAAGAAUUAAGAGCCUCUGUUAAGCAGCACGAUUACCAGGAAUUAAUUUCGACAGAAGUCACCGAAAAUUUUGAUGCCGAAACUAAGGCGUACGAAGAGGAAUAUUCCGAGGUAUCUGUGUGGGAUAAAACUGGAACUGAGAGUACCGACGGUCCUGAUCAUACUCGUAAGAGUGAAACAUUCGACAUUAGUAGUGGUAGUGGAAGUGGGCCGUCACCAAGGAGCGAUCAUCAUGACUCAGAACUUUCAGAAAUGAUGAAUGCAGAGGAGCAAAAACCUUCAAAUAAAUCUCAAACGGUGCCGCCUGUUGGGUACAAAAUAUUCGAAACCCAAAAAUCUCUAAAUGCAAAGAUAAAAAAAAUUGAAUCCGAACUGACUAACCAUGAUUGCGGAGCUGUGAAAUUAGUUGGACAUCAUUCCCGAUCUGCGACAAGUACCAAAAGAGAGGAAAAGAUGUUUGAUCAAGGUCCACAUGGGAAUAAAUCUGCACCAUCCAAUCCAUCAGGCUCUAGUUUCGUUCGUCUUUCAGACCUGGAUAAAACUCCUGUGCGAUUUCAUACCUCUGACAUAAUUAAUACAAAGGAUGAAAGGGUCACGUACCGUAUGAGCACCAGCAUUCCUGAAACCUCUUGGAUCGAAAGUAAACUUGUCAUGUCCAGAUCAACUGGUCCAUUGAGAAAUGUAUCGCGAGGGAAGUUUGCCUCUGCCAUGACGACUUCUUUGCCUCCGAAGCAAAAAUCUCCCUUGGAUGAUUUAGGCAAUGAUGGAGAUGGCGAAGGUGUUAUAUCAGAAUCUGAUCUCAGCAGUAUGCAAAGCAGCAUGGGUCGAUCCGGAGCUGAAGGUAGCACAGAGGAGACGGAAACAUCAAGUUUGGUAGGAACUAAACCGUACAACAGACUGGGCGAAGAUCUGUUGCGCAUGUUUCUGGAGGAAAUUAAUCCUGACGUAACAAUAGACGUUUCGGGACGCCGAAUAAGAGCUCAUAAGUGCAUAUUGAGCUCCCGCUGCCAAUACUUUGCAGCUAUACUUAGCGGCGGAUGGGUCGAAAGUGCUGGAAAUGUGAUUGCGCUUCAAGGAUAUUCUUACAAUUCCGUACACUUUGCCUUAUGCCACAUAUAUAGCGGGGAAAGUAACAUACCAGAAACGAUAAGUAUCGUGGAAUUGGCAACGUUGGCAGAUAUGUUGUGCUUGGAGGGGCUGAAGGAAGUGAUUAGUUACACGCUUAAAGUGAAGUACUGCCAUCUGUUUCACAAGCCAUGUCAGAUUUGCGCUGUUGGAGUACUAGAGUGUAUGCCGUUAGCUGCUGCAUACGGACUGGACGAGGUAUAUCGGAAAUCUCUUCGUUGGAUAACCAGACAUUUUGUACGCAUAUGGCCAUGCAAAGCGUUUGCUACCCUGCCCCGUGAACUCAUGGACAAAUGUUACCAUCAGCACAUCGUACACAUGUCUACAGAUAACGUCCUCCAGACUAUGAUGGACUGUGACAAGCUUUUGGCGACAUUGCCAAACGUCCGUUGGGCAGAGCCUGUUUUCAGACUGGUUUCCAAUCUCCUGGAAACCUCGGUUAAAUUCUUGUCAGAUAAUUUUUCUGGCUUGUUGGGCAAUGAAAAGUUUCAAGCACUUGGUCGUGAGUUCAGCUGGAACAUAAGUCGUCUGGAAGAUAACAUCUUGGCAGCUGCAGACCGCCUGCCUCCGGAACAGGCUUGCAAAAGUUAUGCCAAGCUGCACAAGAUGCUACUCACAGCACAAUCCGAAGAUAUACCGUUGGAGCGGAAAUGGGCUCAGCAGUUCAUCGAAUUUUUGAAAAAAAUCCAUAGCCAUGUAGAGAAAUGUUUGGUGCGGGAAGCUCCGAGGGCUGCAAGGUCGACAAUGUGGUUGAAAAUGGAUUUGGAACUGCGAAGAAGGAUACAAGAAUUAGCUUGUCUAGUUAUUUUACCCCAUGAAACAUCCAAGCGUCAAUCUCGGCAUUCAAAUUUCUUGAAGGAGCCAAGAGCAACCUCUAGCCGAACAUCGGCAAGCCGCAGUGUGGAACUGAGGAAAGUUAAAAUGGUGAUGUCUGAGCAUAAUGAUAAAACCUUGAAGCAAGUUGCACCGCCUGCGCCACAAACGAAGAAAAUUCCUCUGAGCAAGCCCAAGACAGAUCCACUAGAUCGAAAACUACCACAUGAGAAAUUGAUCGCAAGUGAAAUCAACAGCAGACCGCGGUCCUGGCCAAAUAAAAUCGAGGUAAAACCUAGGUAUCUGGAGCCACGAAACAAGUCUGUCGCAAAAGAGGUAGCUCCUCAGGCGCCACCUGAAAAAAUGAUACAGCACCGUCGUAAGAAUUUGAUAUCAUCCUCGGAUUCUUCACGAACAUCUAGUCCUGCGAUGAAACGUGCCGUGGAUAAAAAGGCAGCUGCAAAGAUGAAGCUACCGAUAAAGAAAGAUGUAAAAGCUCUCUCCUCCGACAGUCUUGCCGAUUCAAACGCCGACAAGGCGAGUAACAGAAAAGAUCCAACGAGUAAAAGUUGCGGUAUAACACGUCCAGAGUCACCUUUGCUCAAACAGAAGGAGACCGAGAUAGGCUUGUCGAUAGAUUCGUUAGCUGAAGCAAAAAAGAAACCUGUGGUAAAGAAAACGAUGACGAAAAUGGACACAUCCAUGUCUACCGAUAGCUUGAUGACUGAGGUGACUGGCACACCAAAAUCGACAGUUUCAAGCAAACUCUCACCAACCUUGGGGAACAGAAGCAUGAACAGAAGUCAAACUCGGGAACGUGGUGUUAAGAAAACAUCUCCUCCAAUACAGCACAAAAGUCCGUUGACAAUAGUACGACGGGCUCCCAGAUCAAUUGAGAGCUCAACUGCCGCCAGUAGGAACAGAGCACUUCCAGUUACACCAUAUCACGGAUCUCCCAGUUUGCGAAGGAACCUAUUAGACGCGGCAAAAACCCCAGACAUCCCUGGGAGAGUUGUGCAAACUACCACUGGAAGUCGAUCGACAGCAAGGCAAGCUACUCUACAGUUAUCAGGUGCUAGUAAUUUAAGAAAAGAGAGGAAAGGGACUCUCUCUAAUCAACCGACCGUCGAGAGUCCAAAGAAGUUAUCACCAAAAUCAAAUGGUGCGGUUAGAGCUAAUAAGUCCGGAAUAGUUGGGAAUAAAAAAACGACCAGCAAAAUGGUCGACGAUAAGAAUAAAACUACGUGCCAUAAUGGUGAGGCAGUGAAACAACCAACUGUCGGUUCCAGAUCUGGAACAUUUUUAAAGGACGAGCCCUCGAUACUUAAAAAGUCAGAUAUCAAAUCGUCAGAAGCUAGUGUGUAAAUGUUAACUUAUUAUUUAUAUGUGCUGAUUGCAUUAGUGAUUACAUACAUUGAACGCGUUUAGUAUGAUGUGUAUGGUUCUUAUGCAUUAAUCAGUAUUACGUGAUCGAAGAUUCUCAAUAUUUUGUGAUAGCGGAUUAUUACUUUGCAUGUUUUGUUUUUUAACAGAAUUAUUCCAUAUGUUUGAUUGUUUACUCAUUCCAAAAACUCGAUGCUCGAGUUUCGCGAUCAAAUAUUUAUUUAUCAAUCGUUUCCAUUAUGCCAUUCUGUUUUUUUUACAUACAUAUCAGUAAAUCGGACAUUAAGUUAAUUACCUCUACGUGCGUAUGUGUUCAUCUAUUUAUGGAUAUUGAGAUUAUUAAUAUUUGGUAUAUUCGUUCAUCACUGAUGCAAUCGUGUGUGGAGAUAUUUGAAAAAUCUUUACACAGGCAAGCAGACGUGCCACUGUUCGCGUUAUAAAAAUAUUACAUACUUUACAUGUCCUGUGGCUUUGUAAGCGAGUACAUAAAAUGGCCAGUUAUAUGCAAUUUGCUUUACAAUCAGUUAGAUUUUCCUGUUAGUGUUUUAGUAAUGAAUAUGUAAGCAAGUUGUAAUCUGCAAAUUAUCUUGUAAAACAUUGCAAUAUUACGACUAUUAUUAUUUAUUGUAUGAAAGAAUAUGAUUCUGCUGUUCUCUGAACGAUUGCCAUUCUAUAACGAGAUCAGAAAAUUAAUUCCGAUACUAGAUAGUUUAGUCUUGAAGCUGGAUGUACUGUUUUUUCUUGUUUCAAUUUUUUUGUUUUUUUUUAUAAAAACAAAUAUAAAUUAAUUUUAAUUGUUAAUUGUAUUUAUUUAUUCAAUAUCUUAUCUCUAUAUUUUGCAAUGUACAUUUUUACUAUGCAAUAUUUGUAUCUAGUCAUUUAUAUAUAUUUUAAAAAUAUUUACUUUUAUGUAAUGUUAAAUAAAUAUUUCAAUAUAACGUUUAA